GGCUCCGUGCCGAGGCUCUGCCUGCCGGCUGCGGAGGCCUCUUUCGGUCCGCCGAGGCCUGGGGGCCCAGCGGCCUCCCGCUCCGCUUCUGCGUCCGCACGGAUCGGGCGCGGGGUUUGGUGAGCAGGGGCGGCGGGCAGGGAGGCAGCGGGCAGCGGCGGUGAAGCCGGGCCUUCCUGCGCGCGGCCGGGAGCGGGCGGCGGGGCCCGUGGGGCUGCGCGGGGCCGGGGAGCUCUGCAGGCCGGGUGGGAGCGGGGCGCGGGGCGCUGCGGGUGCUUUGAGCGCUCAGCGCUCGUCUCGCAGGUCAGUUAGAAUUGAUCCAGCGUCUGGCUGGAGGCUGAGCGAGCACAAUGAAAUCUGCAGGCUUGCUUUUCCGUUUGCCUCCUGAAAGAUCCUCCUCCAUCAUCACCUCAGGCAGAAGUUUGUUUAGCGGCUUUCUCUGCGGGGUGUGCUAUUCCGGGUGAUGGGAGGUAUGGACGGGGAGGGGCAGCUGGGGGUUAGAGACAGGGUCUGCACCAGAGGGCGGUGGGCAUGGAACAGCCUGCCCAGGGCUGUGAGCGUGGCCCCAAGUGCCGGAGUUCAAGGGGUACUGGGACACCGCUCUCAGACACAGGGUUUGGAUUUUGGGUGGUGCUGUGUGGAGCCAGGAGUUGGAUUUGGUGGUCUUGUGGGUCUCUUCCAACUCGGAAACAUGUAACAUACUCCAUCUGCAAAGGCAAGUGGAGAUGUGGAGAAGAGGCUGAUACCCCUACAGCACUAAUUCUGUGCGGUUUCUCUGUUAUUAGUGGAAAUUGGAGGCAUCGACUAGAACAUGCGUUUCUGAAGCCCAUAGGAAUGCUGGGGAUCAUUUUUCCUAGAAGUUAUUAUCUAGCUGCCUCUUUCCAGGAGCUCUGUGGCAAUGCUGGGCUUUUUCCCUACUCUUAACUAGCCUCCUGGGAAGACUGAAAAGUAAAAGAAAACAAACCUAACUUAUGGUGCCUACUGGUAAAUAUUUUCUAGCUCUCGCAUCUCAGAAGUGUGGGAAGAAUAAAAGUUAUUGCGAGUAGCAAAUGCUUCUUUAUCUCUUAUCACCUGAUGUUGUUGAGCUAUCCAGCCGUUGUGUUAAAACAUUUGGAUAGUCAUCCCUGGCAGAGAAAACUAAGUGCUGUUAAUGAUCACUUUUCGGUUACUGUUCACAAAAUCAAACCCUUUACUCUUAAUAUUCCUGCCAGAUAGGCAUUCCUCUGAGUAACAAAACAAAGCCUUACAAAUGUGCAAAGUUGGUCCUAAAGCUAUUCAUCUGGAGCUGUCAGUUCAUUGUAUUCAUGCAGCUCACUGAAGCAAGUUAUGGUACUUCAAAGGUAAAGGGCAGAAAGCACUUUUUGUAGCUGGCAUGUUCAGACUUGAACAGCAAACCUAGAAGUAUAUUUUUAUAAACAGAUAUAUAUUUCUUUUCAGAAAAUAGUAUAUGAUCUGAUGUUUUGGCAGAAAAACAUCACUGUGUACUUCAUAUCAAGAGUAUUAUGAAGUGUUUUGUUUUCCUGCUUGAUGGUAGCUAGAGCAUCCUCUAGUUGAUUGAUCUGCCAGGAUUUUAGAGAGGCUUUUAUUUUGGCUCGUUUCACUACCUAAUGCACGGACACUUUUCCAGUCUUCUCCCCCUUUUCCCUUCAUACUACUCUUAAACUGCAGUGCUUGUAGAUUUGUAAAAUACUCUUAUCUGUUGGAAGCAAUCCUUCAAACAGCGGCUUUUAGAAAGCCAGCAAGUUCUUUUGCCUUAGUUUCUGUAAACAUCUUCUGGUACUGAAAUGUUUUUUGUUUCUAAAAUUCAUUGCUGUUAUAUUUACCUUUUCCAUGAGGAAAAGCAAUUGAAUGUGGGACUGUUGUGCCAGCUUAGUCUCCUCCAGUAGAGUGCCCAGCUGAACUGCGUGCUGCAGCCUUCCAAACCACUACCUGAGUCCUGCUUUUGACUACAGACUGCAAACAUGGGAAGUGGUCCCAUAGGCUGUGUGGAACAUGCUUAGUUUCAUUUGUUGGUGUGUAACUCUGUCUUGGUGAUGGUGGCCUCGCCUGGUCUCAGUCAAUACAAUAAUUAAUCUGCUUGACCUGUUGGUUUGAUGUGGAAUCUGUCUUCUCUUUGUUGAUUACUAAUAGUUAAUAAGUGAGUAGAAGAGAGAGAUUAAUAUUCUCUGUCCCCUAUUUUAAAAGGAACGGAGAGGGAAGGUCGAAGAUCGCAAAAUAGGAGUAAAGAGAGCAGAAGCCCAAGGAGAGAUGGGUGCUAUUCAGAUAUUUGAAUUACUGGCAUUAUUCAUUUCCUUGUGCAUUGUUAAGAUCGGGUUUGUGAAAAACUGAAGAGCAGGCAUGUGUAACCUGCAGGCUGCACGCACUCUUGGAUAAAUAGUAAUGUGGCCUCACAGGAUUGUAAACUUCUAACGUUAUUAUCUGAUUUCAGGGAUAUUUUGUCAUGAGGUGACUGUGUGUAGCUUGAGUGCGGGCUGCAUAGGUGAUAAUGUAGUGCUGUGGAGAGGAAGACAUGGUGCGGGGCUAACUCCUCCUCUUGCAUCUGUGACACAAGCUCAGUCAAAUCGAAACCAACGUGUAUUUACCUAACAUUCCCUUGAGCCACUUGGUGACUGAAAUGCACUGAUAGUCAUUAAUUCGAUUUCAUCCUACCAUGCGUGUGUGUGCCUAUGAAUGUAAGAAACACUCAGAAUCAACAGUUUCUCAUCAGUGGUCUUUGCAAAGCAGCAAAAGUUACUCAUUGGUGCAGUAAUGGGCACACACCUCCUUAUGGCAAGGAAGAAAUUGUGCACCUUACUAAUGAAAUCCACUCCAUUAAAUACCCUCACUCGAGGCAGGUGAUACCACUCCUGUCGCUCAUUGCUUGAGUGUAUCACACUCACAGUCUUCCCAGUGUGUUUGCUAAAAUACUUUUCCGUAUACAAUUUAUCACCCACCUGUUCUUUCAUCCUUCAACAGGGAACAAGAGAACAAUGCAUAUUAGGCCCACCUGUUGUUUCCCCUUUUUCAAUGCAUACUGAGUCCACCUGCAGUUCCCCAUUUGUCAAGGGAAACACCAGAACAACGUAUGCCAGACUCACCCUUCCUAUCACCUUAGCUAGUCUCAAUUCCUUUGACUUGGGCUAGGUGUUCUGACAAGCAAGCUACUUGGCAAACUCACUGUACCACGUACUAAGCUGUGCUUCAAUGAUUCACUGUGAACAAGAACCCUUGCAGCAAUUUUGUAAGAAAGUUUAGCAGAAGUCUAUAUAAGUUCAGCAGAAGUGUUCAGAAUUACUCUGGUGCAAACACACUCUACUUCUCACGUGAAGAUGUGUGGUUUUUGUUAUUAAGCAAACACAAAAGUUUUCUUAUUUAAUUAUUAAGCAUGUGCUUGUGUUAUUUUGUGAAGUAAUGUAGUAAGUUAACAUGUUCGUUGCAGAAGAAGUAUCCAGAAUACCUGUGCAGUGCUGACAAACUUUGUAAGUUUCAACGUCUCGAAAAACUCAUAAAAGGUAUUCAAUAAUUUGCAAUAUGUUUUCUUGCAGUGAAUUUGAUUGCUCAUUUCAGUGAGUUAAACAUGCAUCUUUAAGGUGAAAAUCGACUUAUCUGUGCUAUGUUGCAAAACGUGACCAUGGUUGAAAUGAAUCUUAAGUCAUGGCAAAGCUCUGGUUAUGGCAAAUAAUAUUAUGUGGUUUGAUAUGUUGGCUAAACACAGUCCAAUGAGCAGCAAAAAAUGUGCAGCUGCGCUUUUCCUUUUGAUACAGGAAUUUUCAGAUGGAACGUAUGGAGUUGCAAUUUGAUGGUCAACUCAAAUGAAAAUUGGGUCGUGUCUCUUUACAAGACAUGUCUUACAAGGGAGAAAUAUCCCUUACUUCACAGUCGCUCCCUAUUCAUGUCAUUGCUUUGUGGCAGCACGUACAUUUGUGAACAGCUGUUUUCAAAGAUGAAGCACAGGAAAAGUAAAAUUUCAUUAACAACAAAAAAAUAAUCUGUGAGGAUAUUGAGAGCUCAGUAAGAAUUGCAGCCACUUCCAUCAAACCAGGCAUCAAUAUAUUCGUUUCACAGAGCCAUGGUCAGCUAUCCCACUAGACUUAUGUUUUUGUUGCCCUAUGUUUGUUUUAAUAGAAAAUAUAUAUUAAAAUACUUUGUUACUUAUAUACAUUAACUAUACCAUAUACAUUUUUUAAUGCAGCUCAAGAAAACGUCCUUCACUCGUUGUGUCCAAAUGGGUUUCCAUGGCCAUGCUGAAAGAGUUUGGGCCAUGCCCAGACUAAACGACUGUGAUGGCUAGAUUAGUGAACAGUCAGCUCACUAAAGCAACAGAGCACAGAUUCUUCUGUAUUGCUGGUGAUGAGUGCACUGUCUACACAGUUUUUGAGGUUAACCAAGGAAUAAUACAACCUGGCCACAAGCACAUUCAGCUAUAAAAACAACGCUAUAGAGAUUUCUGAGUUUCCUGGGGAAGCGCUCUGUAACUGUGUGACUCUUACCCAGUAGGCAUCCCUGUGUGGGGGAAGAGAAGCUCAGUCCAUCAACUCAUCUCAAAAGUCAGAGGUAUUCUCCCAUCUUGUCUGUCGUAGUACCUUCCGUGACACCCCUCCUUAUCUUAAGCCAUUUUUAUACUAUUUUUUGUUUUUCAGGUGGAGCUUGAGGGACUCUAGUGAUACACACCUUUGAUUAUGAAUGGUGAACAUUUCUAUCACCUCACUUCUAAAGGUAUAGGACAGAAAAUUCAGAGUGCAGGCUCGGUGAGGAAUGGUCAUAGCUUGGAGGUGGGUAGCUUUUGGGAUGGCGGUGUUUUGGUAUUAGAAUGAGGUUAUGCUGAGCAAAGUUCUCCAUAAGGAUGGUAUUUUGUCAAAGAAUGAUGGACUGUUGGCUCAGGGUAGGAAAUAUGCAGCUUUUCAGUACUUAGUACCACCAAGUUCCCGUCCUGGCAUUGCUCCUCGAAGAGUCAGUACAUGAAGUUCUCUUGCUGUUACUGGCACAAAAGGUUACUGAGGGACCUGGUGUGGAUCACAGAACUUGACUGCAGAGUUGUCAUUCUGUUCCACCUUCUGUGCCGUUUCCUGGAUUCCUUGCAUACCAGCUGCUUCUGUGCCUCUGUGAGCAAUGCUGUACCUUCAAGUCACUAUAGCAAUUAAUUCACAGCUACUUGAACUGUUUUUCACUGUUUUUCAAAGGACUGCAAUACGUUCCUACUGCUGACAGGGAGUGGGUUUGUGCUUUUUUGCUUCAUGUGAUUGAUAGACACUGCUAUAGAUCUGUAUUAUUUAUGACUCACAUACUUAAGCAGACACAAGUUAUCGACAGUUUCAUAACUGCAAAGAGCAAUGAAAGUGUAAAACAACGACUGAAAAGGCAGCAAGGUUUAUUACUUGGGGGGCACUGUAAGAAAGGCCAUUCAGUGAGUGGAAUAGUUGACAGGUGUGUAAAUUGCAGCAUUUGGAAGAUUAGUAUCGUUUGACUGAAAUUCAGGUAACAUAUCCCAUACGUAAGGAUAAGAACUUUUCUCCAAUUAGCAGUUGUUAGAUGUUGAAUGAUUUCAGAGCAAUACUUCAAACUGGGGUUGCCUGCAGCUGCUGGAGGUACGAGGCUGUUCUUUAGAUGUGCCUUGGAAGUUGGGAAGCUUUCAGAGCUCAAAGCACAUUUCAAGGUUGCUGUCAUAAAGUGUGAUGCUAAGUAGGAGUCUGCAACUGUGCCGUGGGGAUGUAGCAUUUUCUAAAAAGUGUUAUUCCACCCGUGAAAAAACAUCUCACAACUCUGCUAUAUCAUUAGCUGACCUCUUUCAUCACAGUAAGAAUUACAACUGGAAAAGCAUGAGCUAUAGAUGUAUGGUAGAUAUAAGUAUGCAUUUCAGCUACAAACAUGAUCUGUACUGUGAGGCAGGGAUAUUUCUAUUAUAAGAAGUCUGAUACUACCCUUAGAAAAUGUUUUACUUGUAGGUUUUUGAAUAGACUAUUGGGAAAUGUUAAUUGAUCCGGCGAAUCUGAUCCCUGUUACUAAUGCCUUUUCCUGCAAAUCUUUUGAUUCUGCAUUAAAAAUUGCUUUUUCAUGCUUAAUGCUAUUAGUCAGGAAUGAACAUAACUUUUUCCCUGGGGAGUGUAAGCAAUAAAUGAUUGGGUUUGGGUUUGUUCUCAGCAGUGACUUCUUUGGUGGUGUUUGUGUGUUGCUUGGUAUUGUGGGGAGCUAGAAUUUUAGAACUCCUUUUGAAUCACGGCUGUUCCAAAUGCCUGCAGUCUGUGGUGCUUGCAGAAAAUUCUUUUUCUUUGAGAAUAAUCCCACUGAGCUCAUUUUAGAUGCUUCUGAGGUACUAAGGCCUGAACAAUGGGCCCUCAACCAAAGCUGACCUCUAGAUGAACCUCGAAACCAAACACUAUAUAACACGUGCAGUGCAAUAUUUAUCUGUUUUUCUGUUUUAAUAUAUGUAUUGAUGUCAGUUUAUAAAGAUCUGUUGUAAUGCUUGUUGUGUAACAGUAACCAAUGGUGGAUCUUUCUUUAUUUAGGGACAUGUUGCAAGGCCAUGAGAAAUAUGUGGUUAAAGCCCAAAGUGAUAAGGAAACUCCCUUGGUUCCUCUUUGAGCCCGGCCAGGCUUUGGAUGGAAUCCAAACGGAGGAUGAAAUCUGAUGUUUCUGAACUUGAAGUUAUGUAAGCGUAUUUAUUCAACUAUAUAAAAGCUGGACCCCCUUGCAGUGACUUUAGAGACCUCACCUGUGAGUGGAUGCACUGCAUAGGACCUCCCAGUUGCUGGGAAAGGUUCUCCAAAUCCUGGCUGCAACCAGGGCUCCCCAGUCAUUGUGGGUCUGGAUGCUGGUAAAAUAUUAGGGCAGUUGAUGAUUUAUCUUUCUUAAUCACUGCAGUUAAUCUUAUGUGGUAAUGAUUAGGUGCAUUACCUUGUUUUGUUUUAUUCUUGCCGUAUUAUUUCACUUAUUAUUUUACUGCUUUAAACAUGAGUAAAGACAAGCACACUUCUUUAACUUGAUGUCUGUGUCCUUUGUGCUGACCCUAUCUAUUGGCAAAACAGCUUGUUAGGACAAAAUCAGAUUUUGCUGUAUCUGACUUUUCUAUUGCUAUGUGGUAUGGCAUUUAUCUGUUAUCUUGUUCUUGGCGAGAAGAAUGGCCUAUUUCUUGCUUCCCUUCUGACUUACCAUAAUUCCCAUGACUAUUCGAGGCAGCAUUACGAGCUCUGAUUCUGCAGCAUCUGUUUCUUAAAGGACCCCUCCAUUGCAAAAGAAAAGGAGGAAUAAAGGAAGAAAUAAAUAAAAUACGCAUAUACAAUGCUUGACGGGGAGUGAUGGAGACAAUAUGGAGGAGCAAACUGGUUCUUGCAGCACUAAUUGCUAAGAGUACAGGAAUGUAAGAAUGUUUAUUUCAACGGGAUUAUCUGAUCGGGGACCUUGUGAAAUGGGAAUAGAAAGGAAAUAGAGAAGCAGUAAAUAAAAUGUGGACACAAUCCUGACAGGCAAGUGUAAGGGGAACAGAUCAGCUAUUGGAAGACUGCUGGCAGAGCCAGGCUUCUCCGUGAAUAAGAAUGCAGACCUGGGAAUUCUGGACAUGGAAGGAGGAAGCUGAUGGUGGAUCUUGCCAUCUGAUAAGGGAUGUGCAGGAACUGGGGAGGACCAAUGAGAAGGAUAGGUGGAAGGGGCUGCGGAAUAAUUGCUAGAGGUGACGUAGAAAUGAAACUUAUAUUAAUAGUACAGCAUUGCUCACACAUUAAGGAAAGGUACAAAAGCAGAGUGUGUCUGAUCCAUUCCACGGAAUUUCCCUGGGCAAUAUCAGGUGUUGGCAGCAUCAGGGGAGCUUGAUGUGCUGACUUGAGGAGAAGUGGCAUGAAGGGUGGAGCAGAACAAAGACACUAUGACCAGGCUCUGUGAUACCACUGCCAGGAUAGGAACUUGAUGGUACUACAGAGCUGAUAAGCCAUGUAUUUGCUACCCUGAACCAGUCUGUCAUUCUUUGACAAAAUGCCAUCAUUUGUGUCAACUUUGCUCGGUAUAACAUUUUUGUAACACAAGAACACACCUCCUUCUUGAAAGCUACUUGCCUCUGAGGUGUGGCAACUCCUCAGUGAGCUCACACUCACUGAAUUUUUUCGUCUAUACCUUUAAAAGCAAAGUUAGGUAAUUUUAAACCAUUUGUAACAAAGGUAUGUAUUACUGGUGUCCCUCAAGGUCACAUUAGGGCCACGAAGAUGAUCAGAGGGAUGAAGCACCUCCCCUAUGAAGUAAGGUUGAGGGAGCUGGGCUUGUUCAGUCUGAAUAAGAGAAGGCUGUGGGGAGAUCUCAUUAUGGUCUUCCACUAUUUAAAGGGAGAUUAUAGACAGGAGAGAAAUCAACUUUUUACACUGGUAGAUAGUGAUAUGACAAGGGGAAUGGUUUUAAAUUAAAGGAGGGAAGAUUUAGAAUAGAUGUUGGGGAAAUUUUUCAUGGGGUGAGUGGUGAGGUGCUAGAACAGGUUGUCCUGGAGGUGUUCGAGGCCAGGUUGGAUGGGGCCCUGGGAAUCCUGAUCUACUGCUUGAUCUAGCGGUUGACAACCUUGCCUUUGACAGUGGGAUUGGAGCCUGAUGAUCCUUGAUGUCCCUUCCAGUUCGUGCCAUUCUGUGAUCCUAUAAAGGUCUACCUGUAUAAUAGGAAAUAGUUUAAAAAUGGCUUAAGAAAGGGGUAUGUCAGGAAAGACACAAUUGGAUGUUAAACAUGGAUGAAUUCUGAGAGCAGUGGGUGGGUUGAGCCUCUUAUUUCCUCCCCAUAGAGAUGCAUACUGGGUAAGAUUUGCAUGCUUGGUCAUACUGAGUGCUUUCCUGCGGAACUUAAGGAUCUCCAUGGAACUGUUUUUAGAACCGAAUGCGCUUGUGGCCAGGCCAUAUUAUUAAUGUUCAUGGUUAAUCUCACAUGCUUUGUAGUAUAUUUAUCACUGACAACCCAAAAUGGCCUGCAGUCUCUUCCUUUAAUUAACUGCGCUGUUCACUAAUCUAGCUGUGAGAGUUCUCAUUGGGUGUGGCCAAAUUCCUUCAGGUUGGUUAUGGAGAGCCCUUUUGGGUGCCUCUAGACAAAUGGUGCAGAGUGCUAUUUGUGAAUCCCUAAUUGUGAUGGUUCAUAUAUAACCAGGCUUCUGGUGCUGCAUUGGGCAUCACUCAGCCGCCUCCAGCCCGCCUGUUAAAUAGGGACACAAGGGGGUUUAUUUUCUGCCAAAUUACAUAGUCCUUUAAUGCAGCAGGGCAUAAAGAGGGCCUGUCUGGUCAGGAUGUCUGUCUGAGCCCAGCUUGUCCUGCCUUCUUAGAAAACCUUUCUUAACUCUCGCUCUCUAUCCCUUGCACGUGCAUGAUGUCAAGAAAAUUUCUUGCUCAAAUAGAUUUGCUUGAUUAUCCCAAAGAUAGGCAGAGGAGAGCCCUUAUAUUUCUCCCCGUGAGACCAGAAGGGGUAGAUCCAGGGUGGAGCCACCCACCCUGGGCUCACAUAAGGGCCAGCCACUGAAGGGAAAACAUCUCUUGGGCCUAGGUCGAUCCUAGAGAAGCACUAUGAACACUAUGAGAACGAGUGCUACAUAGCCAGAGAGCUCCCUUCACCAGUUGGGUGAGUUCCAUUCUUCUUUCUGUGUAUGGCUGUUGCUUAUCUGUGAAUUCUUUGCCUGGUAUCACCAAGAACAUGUCAGAAGCAAUUGUACUUCUUCGUGAGCAGAACAGUGGGGAAUCUGUGAAUGUAGAGUGCCUUUGACUCCAGAGAGUAGGGGUGGUUUUUCUUCUGGCGACAUUCAGUCCUGCCCAGUCAAAGAGGAGGAAAGGGACUUGGCUUUUCUUGCUUAAGUUUUGUAUAAGUAUACACCUAUGUACAGGUGCUGCCUUAAGCAUUUUGUGGCAGUUUUUGUAGGGAGCUGUGUCAGUGCUGCUUAUGUGUCUCUGGGAAACCUGCAAGCAGGAAGGCAGCAUCUGUGUCUGCUGACAGAGACAGCUGGGGGCUCCAGGCUGGGCCCCUACCCUCACAUCCUGAGAUACCCCCAGAGCUGCUGGAGAUGAAGGUCACUUACAGUAUCACUUAAAAACCCCUGCAAUGUGGUCUGGGCUAACAGUAUGAUUUGAAGAGGAUAGCUCUGACAAGUGACUCGAAAAGGAUAACUUCAGCUGCUGCUGAGAAAUGUCAUGUUGGUGGUGGUGGUUGUUUUUUUUAAGGAAUAGGGAAAUGCUAACAAAUUGAUUUGGAAGUAAUGUCAGAUAACACUGAAUAAAGUCAGAUUAAAAGUCCUGAUGGAUGGAGGAGAUAACACUAAGAAUUCACAGGGAGGCUGGGAGGAAGAAUCUGAUUCAGUGUGUGAGUGUAGUGGAAAUGCUGAGUGAAUGCCUGAAACAGUGAUUGAGCACCUGGUGGGAAGGCAGGGCCAACCCAGGGGAGCUCAGGUGCAUGCAAUGCAUCUGAGUGACUGGAAGGGUGGAGCCAGGAUCCAUCCCUUCCCAGACCUCAUUUAAGGGUUGGCAGAGGAGUCAAGGGUAUCUCUCUGGAGAUCCCUGCCUACCUGUGGCCUUCUAGAGGUGAGCAGCUUUUUUUUUUCCCCCUUUGCUUUUGCAUUCACAGCUGUUGCAUUUGGGCUUGUCCUCAAUUGUAGCUUAGGACUUUGCCACCCUAUUAUUGCUGUACUUUCCAUUGCAUUAUAGCCUUACAGUGUACUUCAUGGUAGUGAAACUAAUACGCCCAUUUAAGAACAGUUUUUGUAACAAGUGUCUGUAUUGGCAGGUAGGAUUAGGGCAACGCCAAUAGAAGGUAAGAUAAAAAUAAACUCCUGGAUAUGGUGGGAUGGUAAUCUGCAGAGACAAGUGUCUGGUCUUAAUGUACUUCAAGCUGUUGUAACUUCUCUGUGAUUAACUGUCCAUCUGAGACACUGGUAACAUCUAGCAAAUUACCUCUUGUACAACUGCUGAGAAUCCUUGUUGCAAGAACCCUUCUGUGUGUGGAGGCUGCUGUGACAUCUGAAAUAUAGCUAGAACACAAGGAAAAUGACAGUGUACACAUACUUUCUCUUUUGGUCAUGUAUUUACAGCUAGACAGAUGCAUGCGCCUGAAUGCGGCUGAUUCAGGCUGUCUUGGUAGCGGUGAGUCGUCUAAGGUGUGAUGAUCACGCCUUGGCACCUUAGGCACUGGAAUGGCCUGCCCAGGGAGAUGGUGGAGUCGCUGUCCCUGGCAGUGUUCAAGAGGCGUCUGGAUGAGGAGCUAAGAGAGAUGGUUUAGUGGCUUGUGGUAGAAAGGGUAAUGGGAGGACGAUUGGACUAGAUGAUCUUGUAGGUCCUUUCCAACCUUGCGAUUCUACGAUCAGUUGAUGACAAUGACAAAUAAAGGUGGAAGAUAAGUGUUCUCUUUACUUAUAGUCCUGAGUGGUUUGGAACGACAGCUUCCGGGGCUCUCAGCAGGAGCUCUUUUGUUCCUGACUUCCAAGCUUUACAAAUUUAAAUCAGCAGAGAUAAGAGAUGGCUCCAGCUUGUAUCUUGCCUUCAAGAUAUAUGAUAGUAUCCUCUAACUUCUUGUGUCAAGCUGAAAAUACUUGCUCCCAGGCCAAAUCUUCAGCCAGAGAAUGUUCUUGGACCUUCCCAUUCAAAAGCAAACAGCUUCUGUCCAUGUCCAAAGGAAUGCUUUCAAAUGUUAAGCUGUCCACAAAGUGUUGCUGUUGAUCUCUCUUGUUGAUUUGAGACAAUAGUUCCUUACCAGUCUCAGACAAUCUCGUACUGCAAGUAGGUAUUGCCAAGCUGCUCUAAUCUUGCUGUAUAAUAGCAAGUACUGAAUUUGUGGUAAAUGCUUUCAGUGAACUGAUAAUGGCUGCUGUAAGUCUAGAAGCAGAAAUGUGGUCAUGAAGGUGUAUGGUCCUGCAGAUUAACUUUGUCCUUUUGAAAAAGGGGGGACUUGAUUCAAAUUGAUUCCGCUUAAUGAAAGAGGGUUUGAUUUUUGCGGUUCUGCCUGGACGGUUUAGAUUCUGCUUACAUUCCACAGGAGCAUUCUUCUGUGGUGAGAAGAACAUAGGUACCAGACUCAUUGUUGGCAAGGUAAGGAGAACAGAGAACCAGAGGAGGGAGAUAGGAGAAGAAUAGGCCCCAGUCUCCUCCUCAGCAAGACAAUGAGGAAGGGAUGAACCUAGUUAGCAAGGAGUAGGAUAACGAGAAGGAAAGUAGGCUCAAGAAGUUCAAGAAGAGGUAAUGAGGAAGAGUGUUUACUUCAUCCCAAGGGACCACCAGAUGGGGAUGUGACCACCCAGAGAAGAAUACAACACAUGUGCCGGAGGGGAGGGACUUGAUUAAUGAAUAUGUAGUGGGAUUCAACGUAACCUUUUGAAUAUGUAUGAACUUGACUUACAAAUAUGUAACAUCUCUGUGGACCGGUGUGCAAGUUAGGUGGAGCUAUCCCGCUUGCAUCCGGCGUCUGUACAUUCGUCUGAAUAAAUGCUGCCUGCUUUAUAACCUAUCCUUGGAUUAUAGAGUUUGAUUCCGCAAGUCACUUCCAGUUCUUGGAUCUUUUGCUGAACUCUGUCCAGGAGAGUGUUCUAGUUAUGUGAGAAGUAGACUGUGUGUUUGCACCAGAGUAAUUCUGAACACUAAGGUAUAGACUUUUCUAACCUUUCUUACAAAAUUGCUGCAAGGGUUCUUGUUCACAGUGAAUCAUUGAAGCACAGCUUAGUACGUGGUACAGUGAGUUUGCCAAGUAGCUUGGUUGUCAGAACACCUAGCCCAAGUCAAAGGAAUUGAGACUAGCUAAGGUGACAGGGAGGGAAGAGUCUGGCAUACGUUGUUCUGCUGUUCCUCUUGACAAAUGGGGAACUGCAGGUGGACCCAGUAUGCAUUGUUCUCUCCUUCCCCAUUGAAGGAUGAAAGAACAACAGGUGGGUGAUAAAUUGUAUACAGAAAAGUAUUUUAGCAAACACAUUGGGAAGACUGUGAGUGUGAUAUGCUCAAGCAAUGAGUGACAGGAGAGGUAUCACCUGCCUCGAGUGAGGGUAUUUAAUGGAGUAGAUUUCAGUGAUAGGCACACACCUCCUUAUGGCAAGGCAAGAAAUUGUGUGCCUUAUUACUGCAGUAAUGAAUAACUUCUGCUGCUUUGUGAAGAUUGUUGCCUGAUGAGAAAUUAUUGGUUCUGAGCAUUUCCUACAGUUACAAAAAGCUCUUUGUAAUGAACAAGAACUUGCAAAUGUUGUGAAUGGCUUGAUUAUGCUUACUGCUUCACCAUGUGAUACAUGGAAAGUGAAAGAAUGGCAUAAUAUCUUGUGUUGAGAUGUAUCCAGGACUGGGCAGCAGAACAGGAAGAUGUCUUACCAAAGCAGAACCAUGUUUCCUUCUGCUGGAGUUAUGAGAUUAAGGAGUUACUUGCAGGAAAAAAAAAAAACCAAAACUUAAAAUAGCCAAGUGACUCCAGAAUGCCAGUGUUGUGCCAGAGGCCCUUUAAGAGCUUAACAUAGUGGAUGAAAUCACAGAUGAGGGAUAUAGUAACAGCACCAACUAAAAGAUGGUAAAGUUUCCUCACUUCAGCUGCUAAUAUGUGCUGUGAUUGGCUUUAUCAUGGGUGUCAGUCUUUGCCAUCACUGCUGCCCCUCUGGUCACAGCAGUGGCAUGUGCUUGGGCAUUGCAUGUGCCCUUAGCCAUGGAGUGAGCAGAAUGGAAAUGAAUGUGGCCAACAGCUGAAGUGGGCAUAUAGGCAUAUUUUCCUGAUAUAAUUUUUUUUUUUUUCCACAAGGGAAGUUGCCACGGAUUUUCCUUGUGUGAGUGUGGAAGGAGCUUGCUUGCCUUGAGGGAGACCAGUGGGUGCACCCAGUAGAUCUUGUUAGAGGAGUGAAUGGCUAAGCGAAGGAUUCAGCCACUUGGGCAUUGCCAUGGUAAUUGGCUAUAACAACUCAGUCAUAUGCAGUAUGGAUGACUGCAGCGUGCCUAGAUCAGGCAGUAUGUUGAAUAAUUGCAUAGGUAUCAGUAAGCCAGACAUCCUUCUUGGAUGGUCAAGGAGGAACCUCUGUAAUAGGCACCUGUGAGGGGCCAUACAAAGCUGGAAGAAGAGGGAUUGAAUAUAAUAUAACUGGAACCUAAAGGUUGUGAUACAAGUUGUAACAAUAUUAUUAAGCUUGCUAGUGUUUGUUGAUGGAUGGUCCUGCCAUGCAACUUGUUUAGAUAACAGAAAGAGCUGUGUCCCUGAACCAAGGAGAUAGACUCUACUGAGUCUUUGUACUGGGGAAACAGGAGGACCUGCUUGGAAUUGGUCAUUUAAUAUGUAAUGUAAUUCUGGGGAAACUUACGUUUGUAACAUAAUUCUGAGAAACUUCUGUAUAUGUAGCACAAGUAAUGCAUAUAAACUGAAGAUCUUCUGUGUAAGCUAUACAUGAUAGGAGGAUUACCCCCAUACAUCCAGUGCUGCUGUUAAAGAAUAUCUGCUUUCUAAUGUGCCAGCUUGAGUCUUAGUUUCCUGGUUGACUGUCUUACAAUAUCAGUUGGGUUCUGAUGGUGGAGGUUGGAGUAAAGUGGAGACCCUGUGGCCAGGCUCUGUGAUAACACCACAAGGUAUUUUGGGCUGAAACAAUCACGUUAUACAACUUACUCAUAAAAGACAAGCGGGGAAUAUAUUUAUUGACAUAGUAUAAUGCAGUGAUUUAAUAGCAACUUAACAAGAGCUGAGAUGUCUGGCUACACUUGAUUAUUUACUGCAUAGAUGGUAGGGUAAACACACAUGUAGGAGACUCUCCCGCUGAGUCACAGUAUUCAGAGUGGACCCCCUUGCUUUCUAAAUUCCUUGACCCAUGGAACCAAGGAACCUUGGUGCAGCCAGAUCCACCCACUCCCAGACUUGGUCGACAGUUUAUGUCUAAGGGAUUAAAUGUGCACAAUCAAUCUAAGGUGUGAUGUUAGUGAAGUUAACAAAGUCUAAAACAAACUAUUAGUUGUUUACUGAUAGUCUGUAUUGGCAAGAUGUACAGGAUCUGUGCUCAGGUGUAACCUCAAGAGGCAUCCCUACUCAAGGGGAGAUCUUGUUGUACAGCCAUUGCCAUGCAGGAUUGUUCUAAGGGGUUCUUGAGCUGUUUACUAUUUUUGGGGUAAGGUGAUUGGCUUGGUCAUAGUCUGCUUAUUAGGCACAUGCUCAGUUUGUCCUCAGCUGUUGAACCAGGUGUCUGCUAUCAUCAGUUCUUUCAGCCUCCCCCAGCUGGAGGCAUAUCUGUGGUUGUUAUCAUUGCUGUUGCUUGCUGCCAAUUUGAAGUGGGGAGUUAAGGGAGGAAGGGGGGGGGGGGGGGGGACAGGGAGAGCACACUGUCACACAAGGAUGGAGACUUGAUACUAUGAAACUGGUAAACUGCUGCCUUGUUGCCCUGAGCCAUCAGUUUUCUGCCUCUCUGUCAAAAACAUUCUCUGAGUAAACUUUACAAACUAAAGGUGUGUUUGUCUAGAGUCACUCAAGCUCUACCUGAAAGUAAGAAAGUAAGUAUGAAAAUAGUAUAAGAGGAGAAAUGGGAGGGAAGAUAUCAUUGCUGACUUCUGUGAUCAGUCAUUGGGUUGUGCCUCUUUCCCUUCCCUAUGACACCUAUUGGGAAAGACUUGUGCAUGCAGUUAUACCAAGUGCUUCCCUUGGAAACUUCAAAAUCUCUAUGGAGUUAUUCCAUCGUUUAACGCAUUUGUGGUCAGCUGUAUUAUUCAUGUUAUUGGUAUUUACACGUGCUCUGCAGGUAGUAUAUUUGUCAUCCACAGUUCAAAAGGGUUUUGUUUCUGGAAUUCCUUUUUCUACAACGUGUAACUACCUCUCAAAUUUCUCCUGGGCACACCCUACCACCGGGGAGACUGUGUGGUGUUCUUACUAUUCCAGAAUAGCUCCUAGGCUUCUAACAUGGAUGUUGGUGGGAAUUUUAUCAAUUACAGACAAAAUAUCCUGCCAGACUUGAGAUAAUCUUUUUUGUUGGGAUGACAACAUUGGCCUUCAGCUACAUUGAGAUGGAACUCAGUAUUUCUAAAACAAGUAGGCAGGGUAAAUUUCUCUUCAUGUUUUAUUUAUUUAUUACUUCCUGUAAUCAAAGUAGCAAAGGAAAUGGAAGAGCUACUUCCUUUCAUAAACAAUCCGGUGUCUGCAAGCAGAGCAAGCUUCUGAAACAAUCAGGGCCAGUCACAGCUUAAGCUAGAAUUUAAUACUGAGGCAUGUAAAGGCUUGCAUAAGCCUAGUUACCAAGCCAUAUCUGCUCUUCUCUUCUGGGCCCUGUACUCAAAGCUUGAGAGGUCUGUAUGUAAGCGUGAGUAGCUGCUUUCUCACCCUGUGUGUAUAAUCAUAGAAUAAUGUGAGGGAAGUGUUGGGAUGCCUUGGUUACGGCGUGGCAGACAUCAUGAAACAUAACAUUCCUACUUUCUUUAGUAGCUGUUGCCUAAAUCUGUCUUAGAGUAGUUGAUAGGAAAAUAACAUCUAUGCCAAGUACCUUUAUCUGCAAUCUUACUAAUUGCUGUUAUGAAGUUGCAUAAUUUUGUCUUGAAGUAGUUGAUUAAUUGUUGUUAGAAAGCUUGAUAAACUAUCUUGCAUUGUUUCUCUGAAGUAGUGCCUGAUUACAUUGCAGAAGCAACUGCUGCCAAGCAGGGAGUGCCCUAUUUGAAGGAUUCCAAAGACUCACCUUCCUUGCAACCCACCAAGUGAGAUGGGGCAUCUGCUCUAGUGAUGCACUUACCAUUUAUCCAAAAUAGAAUUUCAACUGUGGACGUAAGAAAAAGAAAUCACGAAAAGAUGGACUGGAAUGUAAGACCACUCCAGAACGCAGAUGUGCAGAAUAACCUGCAAAGUCAAGAAUCCUGUUACAGUCAAAUGCUUUCUAAUGCACAAGCUUUUCCUCAAACAAAUGCACUUUCUUCUGAAAAUGCAUGCAAUUAUGUGGGAAAUAACCCAGUGUAUCUACCAACUGUUAAUACUGCUUUACCAGGAACGUCUGUAGCCAUAAAAAGUUUUCUUACCUCGGAAUACUCUGUCAAUCAGUCUCCACCACCCUAUGUACCACCUGCACCAACACUUCCCAAUCAGACAUCACGUGCACAGGGAGAGAUGACUCCGAACUCUUGGCAAAACUCUGGUAGGCUUAUUUCUUCCCAUAGAAAGUUUCCUCUCCUGUCUUCUCAAGUGAGUGGUGGAAACAGUGUGCCGAAUGUGCUGCGAGGACCUCAUUAUGCCACCUCAAGCAGUUAUGCUGUUUGUUCACAAACGUCACAGCAGCGUUCUCUGAGAACUAUGUUGCAUCAAAGUAACCGUGAAUGCAUUAAUUCUUCAAAGCUGGGGUGCGUACCGCAGUAUAACACAAAUACCUCUGCUUCUUCUCAAAGCAUUUCUGUACCUGUCAAUCAGUCAUCCAGUCAAUAUCUCCAUUCCCAGAAUAACUGUUUACCUUUUGGUACAUCUGGGCAACAUGUCCAAAACCAAAUACAUAAUUCCAGUAAUCAGAUUCAGUUUCCGCAGUCUUUGAGUCAAAAUACUGCAACAAAUGUACAUCUGCCACAAUAUGCGCCGAAUCAGAUGGGAUCAGGAGCUCCCAGUGGAUGUUCUGCACCAUCUUUGUUGCCUGCCAACUAUGAUUCAAAAACUGUAGCACAGCCUUUGCUAGGAGCACAGCAGGCAGUUCACAAUGUGUUUAAUAAAUACCCUCUCCAGAGCUGCCCAUCAGAUAAAAAAAAUGCUUCUGGUUUUAACAGUGUUCAGCAAUACUCAGUGAAACAUCAACUGGGAGAAGUCAGUCAAGGGGUUAGGAAUGGCUAUAAUUCAAGUGGAAAUCUGACAGUAAAUCAGCUCUUUAGUGAAAAGUCUGUACCCCCCACUGACGUUUCCUCAGAACUUUAUGAUAUUAUGCAAGGAGUGGUACCUUUUUCUUCAACGGAUGCUUCGCAGCCACUGUGUGAUCCUGUUUCAGUUCAAGAAAGGCAGACUACUAGUUCAGUGAAUGUGCCUGCUAAUUCUCAAACUUCUUUAGCGAGAGAAGAUAAAAGAAAAAUGACAAGUGACACUCUAGCUUGGGAAACUCAAAGACUGCAAGUUAUUAAAAGAAAAUGCGCUCUGCUUGAAAGGAUGCACCAGUAUAGAAGAAAAUUUUUUACUUCAAAAUGUGACAAAAGCACUUCCACGCUUCCUGUGAGUUAUGAAAAUGCACUCUCUAAUCGUCUUCCUCAGAUGCCCAAGCAAAAUGUAGUAUCUUCUCUAUCACAGGCAGUGAGGACAGCCAGUCAGGAGCACUCUAUUCUUGGAUCUUCACUUGAAGAAAGAAAUGACAGAAACAUAACUGGUGAUAGCAGAGGGUUAGAAGUGACUCAGGGUAAUCAUCAGGUAGAGCAGGGCAGCCUUUCAUCCGGGCCCCUUCCCAUUCCUUCCCACAGUGAACUUACAGCUCUAUUAAAUAAUCCUGAGAAUUCUUCCAUGUUGGAACAGAAGAAUGCCUUGGCUUCUCCUCAGAAAAUGCUGACAUCCUUGAAUGCUGCUUCAUGUCAUAGUCAACCGAAUAGGUCUAGCGGAGAUGCAUCAGCAAGUGUGGAAGGUUAUCCUGAGAACUCAGCGUUUCUCCAGUUUGUAUUGAGCAGCACAAAUAUGUUAAAAGAGAAGAAAGCUGGUACUAUUGCUGAUAACAUACUGACUAAUCUCCUUUCUAAUGAAAAACAACACGUAGAUGUAACAGGCUUGGGUGGAAGCUUAUUAAAAGACACUAGUGGGAAAGGUGAUUUGGUAUCUAUGGUCCACACGCAUGCUCCUGUAUCAGAAGUGAUGGAAUCUAAUGUAAAUAAAUUCCAUGGUGAUGUAGCUCAGAAAAAAAUGCAGUUUACUGAAAAUCCAUGUUUUAAACAGAACAAUGGUAAUUAUUCUCUAGAAGAGCUAAAUGCAUGCCUGGGCUUAUGGAAAAAACAAGGUCCAGAACCUGUGAGUGUUCAAAAUAGCCAGUUAAAUGAAAGCACUGCAGCAAAUCAGAUAUCACCAUUACCUCACAGCCAAAACACAACAAAUAAGAGAGAACAAGGUAAUCUUCUGGUUAGCACAGAUGUAACGGUCUUGCCUUUAACAACCACCUCCAUAGGACAAAAACAUGACGCGUUAAGUUGCAAUUUGAUAAAAGGUUUAGAACUCCAAAUUGCAGUUGUCUCUCCUUUAGUGCUUUCUAAUCAGAGAGCUCAGAGUGAACAGCUAGACAAGUGUCCAACAUCUGCGGAUAAAACCUAUCCAGUGAUUGACACGGGAAGCAUAUGCAGCAUGCAAGAAGAGGGGAAAAAUGUUUUAACUGUGGUAAAUACUGAUAAAAGAACAAUGGAAAGUGUUUCUUCACCUGAUGACUGCAUUCUGAUACAGAUGGAGGACCUGUGUUCACAACAGACCAAAUCAGCUGAUGGAAAGAGAAUAGUAGAAAACAGUAUGAAUGCGAAUGAUUCAUGUGGUAAAAAUGAAAGGAAACUCAGUCAAGCCACGAGAGAUGCUGAAGAAAAUCUACAAAACAAACUUCUUCCUGAAUCAGGCCAGAAUUUUUCUAGUAAAACUUUCCAAGAAGAUAUAAAAGACCAUGAUGGCAAGCAAGCAGUGCUAGAGACGCAAAAUAAUACUCCCACAGCUGUGAUAGAAGAACAGAUGUUUCAUAUUGCUAGCGUAUGUUCUCUUGUUGAAGGUGAUAAAUCAUACAAUCCGCAAAUAGCAAGCAUGUUCAGCUCGGUCCCUCAGACACAUGCAUUUAACAGUGGUACCUCAUCAGAAGAAAACUCAUCUGACCCAAGGCAAAAGGAGCAGCUGAUGAAAUUGAAUAAAAAUGACCUGAGGGAGAACACUUCUCAGCUAGAGACUUUGCUGCAAAAGGCAUUGCGAGAAUCCAGUGAAGUAGAUAAGAUUUUGAAUAGUACUGUAACUAGCCAUUCUAAGAAAGAAAGCAGUGGCAUGCUUCCUAACACAGUUACUACCUCAGACCAAAAAAAGCCAGUAAAUUUAUCUUUCAGGUAUCCUGAAAAUGACUUGGGAAUUCUUGCUAGUAUAAACCAGGAGUUAGCUAGAAAUUCACUAGAUUCCUUGGUAAGCAUAACUGCUGAAACAAAUGCAUUCACUGUUACAACAUGCAGCAGUAAAGAAAAUGUCACAUCCACUAAGAAGAGCGUAGAAGAGCUACACAUUUUUGGAGCAGAACCCAUUACAUGUCUAGAUAAUCAGCUUACUGAACUUAUGAAAGAGUUUCCAUUUGGCAUUGAAGGGGCUGAUAUUCUGACAAAAGAACCAGCAAGAAACAAUUCUGUGACUGAGCAGAGAGAGGAUCAAGCUCAAAAGGAGACUCAUGUUUCUGCCAAAAAAACUGAUUCAAAGAAUCAAAUAGAUGAGCUACAAAUUGCGCAGUUAAACUCUGAUCGGGUGCAGGAGUUAUUUCCUGAAAAGAAGCUAUGUUCCUCUACCGAAAACAGUGUAGCAAUGAGUCAACAGUCUGAAAAGACUUCAACCCAGGAGGACAGCCUUGAAAGCAGUGUUCAGCCCAGUCAAAGUCUGUGUAAGGAGAAAGAAAACCCACAGUCCCCUUCCAGCUCUGGAAAUAAAGAGGUUUGUAGUUUAACGGGUUGUCUGUCUGCGUCGGGUGAAAUGUCACAGAGCUCCUGUAAACGUAGAACUUCUGUUUCAGAUAAAAAUGACGAGCAACUUUCAGAAGCUGAAAACCCUAACUCUGCAGGGAGACAAGAAAACAACAGCAAAUCUGAUGCCAUAAUAAAGAACAACAGUGUGGUAGAAAACCCACCGAUUUGUGAAAAUGUUCAAAAUAGCAUUCAGAAAAAUAAAGAAGAUGUAUGCAAAUAUAUCUCUGUAACAAACAAAAAAUCCAAGAUGAAUAAUGAACCUAAACCACUUUCACCGCAACUGGAAAAAAAUGGGCCUCUUAAUUCCUCUGAAAAACAAGAUGUUAAUAGUUCCAAAAGUGGUAAUAAGAAGGAAGAGAUGCAAGAGUCUGGAAGAACUCCAUUGUUAAAGAAGGAAUUUCAUUCUGACAAAAAAGAUCAUCAGAAAAUCUCAGAAGGGGAGUUGCCAGAGAAAGGUGGUUGUACAGGUGUAGACAGUGUGAUGAAGUCAUCUGAAAAGGAGAAAAUUUUCAAAAUGAAGUCCCUUUCAAAAGAUAAAACCAGAACAGAUUUGGCCCCGAAAUCCCAAAGAGACCUUCAUAAGUAUACAAAGUCAGAGAAUGUUGCAAUUAAGCGCACUGAAGUCUGUCAAGGACAAGAAAGAAAAAUCUGUGACAACAACUCGGGUAAAGAACAGAACUGCAAGAAACGAAACGUAGGAGUUAAUACUGAACGGAAAGCAAAGUUAUCUCCAGAAAUAAAACGUGAAAAGCUGAAUAGUUAUCAUGCAGAAGCUAUGAAGUUCCCAAACUUAGGCAUUAGAGACUUAAAGUCAAGCAACUAUACGUUUUCUCAGCGUAAUUCUAUAAAAGCUCAUCCGCCACAGGAGGAGUCAUACAAACGAAAGAGGAAGGACAAUCUGAUUGGGAAAACAAGCUCUAAAAAAACAAAGGUGGAAGAUGAAAGACUAAAACAAUCUGAAACAAAGAAUUCCAAGCGGCAUUCAUAUGAUCGCAAGAUAAAUACCGACAAGACUAAAAAGCUGAGUGGAGAAAAUGUCUGGAAACCUAAGAAUUCAUUAGCAGAUCGCUCUAUGCUUAAGCUACAGAGGAUAAGGGGUCUAUCUACCAUCUCCAAAAACCACUUUUCUAACAAAGAAAAACAUCUUGAUGGUCAAAACAAAGACAAGUGUUCCGAGAAAAUGUUUUCUGAUAAAAACGGGCUAUAUUUGAACAGAAGAACAAACAGAUUAAAAUUACAUCUUCAAAAGGAACCCAAAAAGCACUACCUAAAUAGAGUUGCAUUUAAACGUACUGCGCAGGAACGCAUAUUUCUGACAAAGUUGGAGACAUCACCUGUCAGACCUGUCUUGCACGUAAAGUCCCAAGUAUCACCGCAUAGUCUAGAUUCAAAAAGAGAUGCUUCUCUCUCCGAAAAUGAGAAACCACGGAAACGACAAGUGCUUGAAUUUAAGCUGUGUCCAGAGAUACUGUUCAGAAAUUCAGCCACUGAUGAUGAAAGCUUAGCUGCAAAGAAUUUUCUGGAAAAAGAGAAAACUACUGUGGCAGGUGUCAAGAGUAAAAAAGAAGAUUGGUUAAAGUAUGAUUCAGUGAAGCAAAAAAAGUUGAAGGAGAUCUUUACAGCUGAGGACUGUAUUCCACUUGAUACAGCCAUACAAAUACUGGAAGGAGAUGAACAGGCUCUUCACAUUCCAAUCAAAGACUCCAAACAGAUGUUUCAAACCUACAAGAAAAUGUAUCUGGAAAAAAAGAUGGAAAAGCCUGGAUAGCACUCCUGUAUCAUACAUCAUAAUGGAUAUCACUGGGAAAAAAAUGCUGACAUUAGAAUUCUUUUUCCAAUUUACUUCAUAUUUUUGCAUAAGUGUUCAUAUUUGUUCAACAAGUUAUCACCCAGUACUUGCGAAUGAGUGGGAAUUUACUUAGUGUGUAUUUACUGCACAAUUAGGCUUUGGUGCUGAAAGUGUCAUUGUCAAAUGCUUUACAUCUUUUUGGCAUAUUUGAUUUUUUUUUUUUUUUUAAGUACAGGAGAUAGCUGAAUCUUGAAAAAAAAUAAAAGAUACAUUAAAAAAAAUCCUCAAAGUCAUUUAAGUAAUCACGAUCUGUUUUCUUUUCUGAGUUUGGAAAAAUUCAACUUCUGAUACUUUCCAUUGCUGGCAGUGGAAAAAUAUUUCUACUAGAAAGGGAUUACAAGGAUUCUCAGGCGUUACAUGUUUAUUUUCUAUUUAUGCUAGUUUGAUUUUUGUUCAUCUAGCAAGGCUUUCAGUUAUUUGUAGAAUAUUUUUUUUUUUGUAAACUUGGAAUACAGAUAUAAAGCCCUUAAGCAUGAAGAUAAGGGAGUACCGUGAAGUAUUUAUGCUGCUACUCGGUUUUCUUAAAUAUAUUUUUGUAGAAAUUGUAGAAGUUGAACUCUGAAUUCUUCAUCUGGACACAGUGCUGUAAGCUGACAGCUCACUGAAGAAUCUUCCCUACUGCCCUCCCUCUUUUCAAAAAGUACAGCGGUUGAAGUGCACGGAGUUCGAAUUUACUUCUGUCUGACUAUGAUGCUCAUUUUGACCAGACUGUAAUUAUUUCUUUGUUUUUAAAGUAUUAGCUGAUGUUUGACUAAGGAUUCACUGUGACAUAAGAAUUAUAUUUGUUGUCUGAUGUCUUUUUUUUAAAGUGCCUUUUCAGUGUUGUUCACAAUUUUGAAUUGUCUUCUUUUUUUUUUUUUUCAGAAUUGUUCUGAUUCUUUUUGUCUGUUUAAGCCUUUAUACUGAAAGUAAAAACGCUUAUAGAUAUUUUACUGAAUGACUUUCUAAUACUUGAAAUAAACUUUCAAAGGCUA